UUCAGACUGUUCGGUUUCAAUCAGCUGACUUGACGUGUGGAAAUGUCACUAAUUCUAGUAUUCAAAGGCAAAAACAAGUUUAAAAAUCAAUUGUGUUUAAUACUUAAGUAAUUACGAAUAAUUGUUUACUGUUAAUAAAAAACAGUAAGUUACAGGGAUGAGAGUGACAGUAUGGGGCUGGACAGGUCUUACUUUUGUUCUCUUUAUCACCACCUUCGGAUUUGUGGUCUGUGUUUCCACCUUCCUUACCAUAGUAUUUGUUCUCUUCGGAGGUUUGGCUCUUCUGUUCACGAGACAAGAGAAGUCAAUGGGUGAUGUAUAUAAGGAUAUUACUGAGAGCCACGGGCUGUACAAGGUGGUGGCGGUGAUGAGGAAACCCAGAUCUCAGCUGAAGUCCGACCGACGACUGACCGGCUCUCAGAUCAUAGAUGAGCAGUUGCAAGGCAUCCUCACCUACCUGAUCCGAGACUACGUAUAUCCUUGGUACGACAGCCUCAGCUCGGACGAAGAGGUUCCUCACCAGAUCCAUGUCACAGCUCAGCGAGUCAUCAUCUCAUUCGCUAACAGGAUGAAGGAUGUGGACUGGAUCCCUUACUUGACUACUGGGCUGGUGGACGAUGCAGCCUCACACCUCCGACUGUUUCGACAGGCCCGGGCAAAGAUGAAGGGAGGGACAAGCUCCAGAGGAGGUGUAGACUUGGAGUCACUCUUCUUCGACCUGGAGCUGACGAUGGAAGAGAGUCACCUCUGUCGCGACCACGUCUGCCUUGACUCUGACAACGAGAAGAGUUUCCUGCGGGAACUGACACAAGUGUUGUUGUAUCUUCUGACCUCUGAGGAGGACUUUCACUGCAGCACCCUCCUGUGCCUGGUGCGAGAGCUGUGUGUGAACUCUGUGUUGGUACCACUGCUUGACCUGGCCUCCGACCCAGACUACAUCAACCAGAUCAUCAUCUGGCUGUGUAAAGACAUACCAGUGACCAGUGAAGUGUUCCUGACUACUCUUAGGGUAACAGACAAUCCUGUAGAGCUAACAGCUACUAAGGAGCUUCUCUACAAAGAAAUGGCAUCUUUGAGGUCCAGGGACUCAGGGGGCGAGGACGACGCCUGGGUGAAGCAGCAGCUCAGCAGUCUGGUCUACGUACAACGAGCCAUAGAGUCCCGCCUGGCCAGGUUGGAGGAAGGAGCGGACACGGACUCGGUUGAUCUGCCUACCACAGACUAUUCACGGCUCCUGUCUGCCGGCCACAAGCUGUUCAUGCUGCCCCUGGACGUCAUACUAAAGAACAAUGUGGCUCUCUCCUACUUCAUAGACUACAUGACCACCAUCUCCUCUCAGGCUUACCUAUUCUUCUAUCUCAAUGUUGAAGGCUGGAGAGUGUCGACCGAGCAGCAGAUGUCAGACCUCGCACUUCAGAGACUCCAGGUCCCCGUGGAGAGAGCUGUGGAUGUGGCUGCUACCCUGGACCAUCCCCAUUCCAGUCCAGAUCAGAUAAUGGACCGCAUGCGUGAAGCGGCUUAUAGUAUCUUUGAGCAAUACCUAUCAGAAAAAGCAGCUCCCAGAUUACGACUGGAAGAGUCUCUGGUCAAAAGACUACUGUUGCGGAUUCGCACCGAGACACCCUCUGAGAUGUGGUUUGAUGAAGUGCAAUCCGCAGUGUACGAGAAAUUACAGACUGAAGAAAAGUUCCUGAAUGGUUUUCGCAACAAUGUGGCGUACGUGAAGCUGCUAGCGGAACUAGAAUUGCUGAAGGAGCCCAAGAGUGAUGAUGAAGACACAGGUUCGGUGGACGAGCUCAGCUUGGGUUCCGAAACAGCCAGCCUGUCCUCCCUCACUCUGGACCAGCGUGACGGUUCUGUGGAGAUUGGUGAGACGACAGUGAGUGUGACACCAGCCAGUCCUACACACAAUGCAUCGCAGGGUACCGAGUGCAAGACUGGACCGUACACCUUGGCUGCUGAGAUCAUUGAGACAGGUGUUGUGAAUGAGAAGGGCAAAACAUUUGGCAUCUACGCCAUGUCGGUGAGCAGGAGGUACGACUCUGGACACAAGGAGACAUGGCACAUCUACAGACGCUACUCGGACUUCUACGAGCUCCAGCAGAAGGUUAGGGACAAGUAUCCUGACCUGGCCAAGCUGACAUUCCCCGGCAAGAAAACAUUCCACAACAUGGAGAGACGGGUGCUGGAGCGCCGCAUGAAGAUGCUGAACCACUACCUGCAGACUCUGCUACACUCCGGCGUGCUGGCUUCGCACCCCAACCUACGCGCCCUGUUACUGGUGUUCCUGGAGCCUGGCGAAUACGACAAGGGUGUGUCCGGCGGCCAGAUCGUCAAAACUUUGGACAACCUACUAGUGAGUCCGCUGCGGGCUGUGAUGGGCCAGACUGUGCGCACGUUGCCGGACAACCUGAUGGAUGGUGUGAUGGACGGUCUCAGUAAGGUUCUACAGUACAGCGGUGUGCGCCCUGGCAGAGAGGACAGCUGCGAUGGUGAGGCCUGCAAAGUUGGAGCUUCACUAGACACUGAGACGGAUGAUAACAUUCCAUUGCGCAUCAUGCUGCUGCUGAUGACAGAGGUAUUUGAGCUAAAGUCGCGCAACCAGUGGCUGCGGCGGCGCAUCGUAACGCUGCUGCGCCAGAUCGUACGUACCAUGUUUGGUGACAUUGUGAACCGGCGGAUCGUGGACUAUGUGUUCGCCCUUACCAGUCCGCACCAGGUUGCUGACUAUCUGCGAACUUUCAAACAUGCGUAUUGGCCUCACGGUCUCAAGGCUGAGCCCAAGAUGAACCGAGACGAGGCGACUCGAGCUCGCACUAGAGUAGCGGCCAAGAUUGCUCUACUUUCCAGUUUAUCAGACGAGUUCAAGCACAUUCUGGGUAGUGAGACGUCACGGCGUGGUCUGCUCGCAGUGUUCCAGCUGUUCCAACAUCCUGUGCUCAACCGUCGUCUGUUGUACGUUCUCCUCGAGGGCACUCUGUCCACCAUGUUCGCACAGGAUCAUCCCCUGGACGCCAUUUUCACACGACUACACUCCCGCUCGCCCCGUGUACUGAAGAGUAACCUCACACGCACCACUUGUCGGUGAUGAGCGUCCCUACACCGCACUAGGCUCAGGCAGAGAUCAUAGCAUAUAUUUUUUUACAUAUUUUUUGGAUCUGUAUAAACAGUUAGUUAGUUUUGUAAGUAAUUUAUAUGUGUGCACUUAAGGUAACUGUUCACAAUGAUGUGUACACAGUCAGGUCAGAUACUGUUGUGAACUUCACAGUUAUGUGUACACAGUCAGUCAUAUACUGUUGUGAACUUCACAGUUACGCGUACACAGUCAGUCAGAUACUGUUGUGAACUUCACAGUUACGCGUACACAGUCAGUCAUAUACUGUUGUGAACUUCACAGUUACGCGUACACAGUCAGUCAGAUACUGUUGUGAACUUCACAGUUAUGUGUACACAGUCAGAUCAGAUACCGUUGUGAACUUCACAGUUAUGUGUACACAGUCAUUCAGAUACUGUUGUGAACUUCACAGUUAUGUGUACACAGUCAGAUCAGAUACCGUAGUGAACUUCACAGUUAUGUGUACACAGUCAGUCAGAUACUGUUGUGAACUUUACAGUGAUGUGUACACAGUCAGUCAGAUACUGUUGUGAACUUCACAGUGAUGUGUACACAGUCAGGUCAGAUACUGUUGUGAACUUCACAGUGAUGUGUACACAGUCAGGUCAGAUACUGUUGUGAACUUCACAGUGAUGUGUACACAGUCAGGUCAGAUACUGUUGUGAACUUCACAGUGAUGUGUACACAGUCAGUCAGAUACUGUUGUGAACUUCACAGUGAUGUAUACACAGUCAGUCAGAUACUGUUGUGAACUUUACAGUUAUGUGUACACAGUCAGUCAUAUACUGUUGUGAACUUCACAGUUAUGUGUACACAGUCAGAUCAGAUAUUGUUGUGAACUUCACAGUUAUGUGUACACAGUCAGUCAGAUACUGUUGUGAACUUCACAGUGAUGUAUACACAGUCAGUCAGAUACUGUUGUAAACUUUACAGUUAUGUGUACACAGUCAGUCAGAUACUGUUGUGAACUUCACAGUUAUGUGUACACAGUCAGUCAGAUACUGUUGUGAACUUCACAGUGAUGUAUACACAGUCAGUCAGAUACUAUUGUGAACCUCACGGUGAUGUGUACACAGUCAGUCAGAUACUGUUGUGAAAUUCACAGUGAUGUGUACACAGUCAGUCAGAUACUGUUGUGAAAUUCACAGUGAUGUGUACACAGUCAGUCACAUACUGUUGUGAACUUCACAGUGAUGUGUACACAGUCAGUCACAUACUGUUGUGAACUUCACAGUGAUGUAUACACAGUCAGUCAGAUACUAUUGUGAACCUCACGGUGAUGUGUACACAGUCAGGUCAGAUACUGUUGUGAACUUCACAGUUAUGUGUACACAGUCAGUCAGAUACUGUUGUGAACUUCACAGUGAUGUGUACACCGUCAGGUCAGAUACUGUUUUGAACUUCACAGUUAUGUGUACACAGUCAGGUCAGAUACUGUUGUGAACUUCACAGUUAUGUGUACACAGUCAGUCAGAUACUGUUGUGAACUUCACAGUGAUGUGUACACCGUCAGUCAGAUACUGUUUUGAACUUCACAGUUAUGUGUACACAGUCAGUCAGAUACUGUUUUGAACUUCACGGUGAUGUGUACACAGUCAGUCAGAUACUGUUGUGAACUUCACAGUUAUGUGUACACAGUCAGUCAGAUACUGUUGUGAACUUCACGGUGAUGUAUACACAGUCAGUCAGAUACUGUUGUGAACUUCACAGUUAUGUGUACACAGUCAGUCAGAUACUGUUGUGAACUUCACGGUGAUGUAUACACAGUCAGUCAAAUACUGUUGUGAACUUCACAGUUAUGUGUACACAGUCAGUCAGAUACUGUUGUGAACUUCACGGUGAUGUAUACACCGUCAGUCAGAUACUGUUGUGAACUUCACAGUUAUGUGUACACAGUCAGUCAGAUACUGUUGUGAACUUCACGGUGAUGUAUACACAGUCAGUCAGAUACUGUUGUGAACUUCACAGUUAUGUGUACACAGUCAGUCAGAUACUGUUGUGAACUUCACGGUGAUGUAUACACCGUCAGUCAGAUACUGUUUUGAACUUCACAGUUAUGUGUACACAGUCAGUCAGAUACUGUUGUGAACUUCACGGUGAUGUAUACACAGUCAGUCAGAUACUGUUGUGAACUUCACAGUUAUGUGUACACAGUCAGUCAGAUACUGUUGUGAACUUCACAGUGAUGUGUACACAGUCAGGUCAGAUACUGUUGUGAACUUCACAGUGAUGUGUACACAGUCAGGUCAGAUACUGUUGUGAACUUCACAGUUAUGUGUACACAGUCAGUCAGAUACUGUUGUGAACUUCACGGUGAUGUAUACACAGUCAGUCAGAUACUGUUGUGAACUUCACGGUGAUGUAUACACCGUCAGUCAGAUACUGUUUUGAACUUCACAGUUAUGUGUACACAGUCAGUCAGAUACUGUUGUGAACUUCACGGUGAUGUAUACACAGUCAGUCAGAUACUGUUGUGAACUUCACGGUGAUGUAUACACCGUCAGUCAGAUACUGUUUUGAACUUCACGGUGAUGUGUACACAGUCAGUCAGAUACUGUUGUGAACUUCACAGUGAUGUGUACACAGUCAGGUCAGAUACUGUUGUGAACUUCACUGUUAUGUGUACACAGUCAGUCAGAUACUGUUGUGAACUUCACCGUGAUGUGUACACAGUCAGGUCAGAUACUGUUGUGAACUUCACAGUGAUGUGUACACAGUCAGGUCAGAUACUGUUGUGAACUUCACAGUUAUGUGUACACAGUCAGUCAGAUACUGUUGUGAACUUCACGGUGAUGUAUACACAGUCAGUCAGAUACUGUUGUGAACUUCACAGUUAUGUGUACACCGUCAGUCAGAUACUGUUUUGAACUUCACAGUUAUGUGUACACAGUCAGUCAGAUACUGUUGUGAACUUCACGGUGAUGUAUACACCGUCAGUCAGAUACUGUUUUGAACUUCACAGUUAUGUGUACACAGUCAGUCAGAUACUGUUGUGAACUUCACGGUGAUGUGUACACAGUCAGUUAGAUACUGUUGUGAACUUCACAGUUAUGUGUACACAGUCAGGUCAGAUACUGUUGUGAACUUCACAGUUAUGUGUACACAGUCAGUCAGAUACUGUUGUGAACUUCACAGUUAUGUGUACACCGUCAGUCAGAUACUGUUUUGAACUUCACAGUUA